UGUUUCGGCUGUUUAUUUGCCUUCAUGAGACAACGUCUUCAUCCAUACAAGGGAGAAUGAAUAUAUGAAGGACCCGGGAAAACACGACCAAAAUAGAACCGUUUGUCGGCGGCGUCCAAAGACCCCUUGCCGUCUACCGGAUCUGGGGAAGGGAUGACGACGACGCACGUCCUCCGCAUCCCUCGCACGGAUGAGGAACAAGGCUUUAUCCUAGUCCAGGUCACCUCCGCUGGGUCCAGAGACUUGGAUAUCAAAUUGGUUGCGACCGAGGGCUUUGCCCCUUACAUGGUCAAAUUACGACACGAUCGCAUUUCGCGGCUGAAAGUCGAAAAUAGCCCCUGUUCGCAGGACGAAUGGGAGCAGUUCCUCGUUUCAAUCCUGCUAGAUCGGGAGUCCGUCCCCGACAUUGAGGCGGCGGCCCACGUCGUCGAGGAGGACUCUAUCACGAUCACCAUUCGCCGGCGAGUCCAGGGGAUCACCCAACGCCUUGGCAGCCUUUCCCUGAAACAUGACGAAGCUCAAGAUAUCCAGCUCUUUGAGUGGUGCAGCGCCUCGAUCGCCGCCCGAGAGAAGGUCAAGGCAGACCUGGCCUCGACGGCCUCCAGGGCCCGAGAGCUAGAGAGCGCGGUUACCGAGCUCAAGGACCAGCUGGAGGAAUUAAUCCAGGCCAAGCAGUCUGACGAGUCUGCGCUCCUCGAGAAGUUCCGCGACCUCCUCAACGAGAAGAAGGUCAAGAUUCGCGAGCAGCAACGGCUCCUAUCUUCUGCUGGCGCCGGCGUCGGCGCCGCUCCUGCCCGGGCGGCCUCCACGCAGGCCGUUAGUGACGCCGAGGAAGACGGCGGUGGCAGCAGCCACGUGCCGAAGCCCUCGAGGCCGUCGAAGCGCAAGGCCGCCCAGGCCGCCGAGCCGGGCGACGAGUCGGACGACGCCCUCGACAAGAUGGAGGUGGACAAGAAGCACGGCGAGGAGGACUCGGAGGACGAGCAGACCACGGAUGCGGAUGAGACCGGCAGCGAGCCCGACGAUGACGAUGCCGAGCCUCUGCCGGACAGAAGGCGUAAUGCUCCUAGCCGCAAGAAGCCUUCGCCCGAACCUGCAAAGACGCGCGCAGCCCCGACGAGGCGGGGAGGGAGGAGUAAACAGGGGGAACCCCCUGAGGCUCCACCACCAAAGCGAUCACUACCCUUUGGCUUGGGCAAAUCCGCCACGGCGAAGAAAAAUACUGCACAGGAUGAGGAGAGUGAAACUGAUGACGAUGAAUUAUGAAGGGGGGAAACACGGCUCGAGUCCCGGUCUCUUUAAUAAAAUGAUAU